AGAGGGUGUCUGGAGGUCUCCUGAGCUGGGGUGAUAGUCUGACAUGAUGAUGGAGGUCAACCCGUCAAAAAGACAAAUAAUACUCCAAUGGCCAAGUGAGAAAGAGUGUGUAGUGUGUUACUGUCCACUGCUCCAGAUAUUGAUGCAGGGGGGCGGUCCUGGAGCUGGCUGUGAGCAGACACAUGUAGAAGCAGCUCCUGAGACACUAACACUUCAAAGCGACCCUAAGCAGAAACUCCUACAGAUAUCUGCAUAAAAAUCACCUUGACUGAUAGAGGAGAAGGAGAGCUAUCUUUUAAUACUAAAUUUGUGGGACUCGAGUGAGAUUUUUGAAGAAAAUCACCUCACAGAAGAUUGGCAGCUAUACAGAGACUCUGGCUGCUACACAGGAGCUGGGUCCUCUCUCUGCAGUGUGCACUGUGCGCUUGGCGGGAAAUCCCAAGAGUGUCCAGGACUCACCAACAACCCCAUGCUGUCAGGAGUUUUUGGGGCUAUACUGAAGACCUGCACACAGGAAAACACAACUUCACCUGAAUCCCCAUUUAUCUGCAGAACCUCGGACAUUACUGGCACUUAGGAGCUAUAGUCAGGGUGCUCCUAGCACACAGGGAGCUCUACAUUCCUCUCCCCAGCAGAGAAAACAAAACAAGGUACUGUCAUUCAUUUACUCUUCUUUAUUACUUCACAAACUCUGUUUAACAAUAUAUUACCUGCACGGAGUCAGUGGCAGGAGGAGAGCGAGAGGAGAGAAUUUGUCAGAACAGGAAACAUUAAUCUUAAGUUUGAGCUGCUGCUGUGCUCCUGUGUGUGAGCUCUGUACAGAGAUAAGACCUGUCACUGCUGACAGGGAGCUGUAUAGCUGUCUCAGAUUACACAGCUAUUUAACUAUUUCUGAACUGCCACCACAAAUACCUCCUUGAAUCUAUCUGGAGGAAAUAAACUUACAGUGACUAGGAAUCUCAUUCAUACAUCCUGCUCACUGUCACUGGAUUAACCCUUUCAUUGCCUGUGGAAUUUGUCUCUCUAGAGAAGAAAUUUAUAGUGACUGUGAAUUCUACCUGCUCAAUGUCACUAGAUUGACCCUUUCAUUGCCUGUUCUGAUGCGACUGAUUUUAACCUCUGAGGCAUCACGUGGUAACAAUAUCUGCUGUUUCUGAAUGACUACUUUAAUUCACUACUGGUCUGUUAGUGCGUUAUACUUUGACUAUGAGCAACUAUACCCCACGCAAAAGCACUAGAAUUCAACAAACUUACCAGAAAUCAGUAAAAAGAAAUAAUUCCGCCUUGUUAGUCCCACAAAAGUAUACACCACCCAUGUCUAGACAAGGCGACAAUUCUGCAAAGGAGAGAAACCCCAAUGCUAACAGGUUUACUCCCUUAUUGUUAUCUGAUAAAGCGAUGGAGGGCAUGCCCUCUGUGGAAUCUUCGCCUUCAAAAAGCCCGGUCAAGCAGAAAUCCAAACUAGACUCUGACCAUGGAGCUACUCCUGAUACCCCAGAGGGAAGCAAUGACAAUGAUCCACUGUUAACCAUGUCAUCUUCAAGUAACGCAGCCUCUGAGCAGUAUAUAAAGGAGUCCAUGCUAAUGCUGAGACGCUCCUUUCAACAAGACAUCCAAAAACUAAUUGAGCCCACUAUACAGCAAGUCAGUGUUCUAACCUCCAAAGUGGAGCACAUUGAAAAUAAGAUGGGUGAAUUUGCUACGGCUCAAAAUAAUUUAGCAGAUGACCAUGAUACCACAAAAGAUGAAGUCACUGCUCUAAGAAUUAAAUUGGCGGAUAUGGAGGAUAGGAACAGAAGGAACAAUUUAAAAUUCAGGGGGAUCCCAGAGUCAGUACCACCCAAAGAACUUGAGCCAUUCUUAAAAGACUUUGUGAAAUCCUUAUUACCUGAUUGCUCUGCUCAGGAAAUGGAGAUCGAUAGAGCUCACAGAUUACCUAGAUCCAGAAACAUUGAUCCCUCUGUGCCACGGGAUGUGAUUGCUCGUUUCCAUUUUUUUAAAACUAAAGAAAAUAUCUUGCAGGCUAUGAGACAUACCAAGGAACUACCUGAACGUUUUAAACACAUUAACAUCUUCAUUGACUUAUCUCAAACUACGAUCCAACAAAGAAGACUAUACCAGCCUAUCACUACUGCCCUAAGGGAGAACGAUAUUCCCUACCGGUGGGGGUUUCCUGUGAAACUCAUUAUCCCAGAUGGUAACUCCACCAGGAUUGUUCACAACCCGGACCAGGGCCUGGAAUUAUUAAACAAGUGGGGCAUUGCCCCUGCACCUAUCAAAAAUAGACUUGGAUGAACUUGUGGGUUCUCUAUAGCUUCUGGGACUUCCCAGCACACCAGAAGACCUGCUAAUGCAAGUUAAAUAUGUUGUUGAACUCUAGUUAUUGUUGCAAUAUUAUUACUAAUCCAUGUUGCUGUUGCUUUUGUUUUCUCUCCUCACCUCAUGACUACGGAAAAUACCUAGAUAGAUAUUAAGAGACAUAUUUCCUUAAUUAUUGUUAUAUUGGCGUAACAAUUACUGUAAUGUUGCAAUAUGAUCAACUUAAUGUUUACAUAGUACCUUAUGAAACUGUUUUCUUUUAGGUACUUUACCUCUUACUCUUGAUAUUCCAUGUUUAUCCUAUUGAUAAAUUAUUUUUCCAGCAUUAUUCUACCUACGUUUUCAGUAAAAUCUCAUAUAACACAUAUUAUGUUUCCAUCCCAUUUCCUCCUACAUAAUAUUCACUCCAUGUCUCUUCCCACAGGGUGGUAAAGGAGGCCUACUACAGUAUGUAUGCUAUGUACUAUAAUUCCAUACCCACUACAUACCACUUUUAAUACAGGAUCUAUACAAUCUACUAUUCUUAUCUUCUCUACCUCAGCCGUUUGUAAUAUGCGAGGCCUACUCCUCCAAAUUUAUUCUCUACAUCCUCUACUCAGCCCGAUGCAUAACAUCACUUACUAUCCUCCUCUUUAAUGACUCUCUUUACAAUACAGGAGAUCUAUAUAUCUUACGCAUCUUUUACUCUCCCUUUCUUGUCAGGUAUACUUCACUACACUGGAGUUC